AUGAGCAACUUCGAGGUAACUGUUUUGGGGGCAUCUGGUGGGACUGAUGGGGGUGCUACGCAAUGCUUUAUGGUGAGACCGAUGGGCUGCCGGGGUCUCCGUUCGAUUUGUGUGGACGGAGGAGCCGGUUUUAGCCAAAUAUCACAGAUGCUGGCGCGUUCGAAGGAUUCUUUCAAAAGUGAGCUGCUGGAGAGUUUCUAUGCCAAUGAUUUUGAGCCUGCUGGCCAGUUUUUUGAUCCUAAGGCUUCGGUUUCUUUGGGGUUUCCCCAAUGCAUCCUUGGUAGCCUUGAGGAUGCCUUAGAGAAGCACAAGCACUUGAAUACUUUUACAAAGGCGAUGGAAAUUUAUAUGGGGGUGAAAGAGUACUAUAUCACGCAUGCUCACCUGGAUCAUAUUGGAGCAAUGGUGCUUAACUCGCCUUUCGCGUGCGAUGCGAACAGUGGAGAUGCUAAACUGAUAUGUGCGCUCCCGUUUACGCUGCAAGCUAUCGAGAAGCAUAUAUUUAACGAUGUGAUAUGGCCUGAUUUACUUCAUGGUGGGUCAAGUCGACUGAAGCUGAGCAGUUUGACAGAUGGGAUACCACAUGUCUGCGGGGCCUUCCCUCAAUGGGAUAUUAUACCAUUCAAAGUCCACCAUGGGUUUAGCGCGUCCAUCGUCGAUGAACGCGUGUACAGCACGGUUUACCUGUUUUCAGAUAGGAGUACAAAGCAGUCGCUGUUAGUAUGUGGGGACCUGGAGCCAGACUCUGCUUCCGGCGGAGAACCCUUGCUUGAGAAGGCCUGGGAAUACAUAGCAACGCGUGUUCCUCGUGGCAAUCUCAAAGGCAUCAUUGUGGAAUGCUCAAGUUCUGCAAGCACUCCAAAACACGAGCUCUAUGGCCAUAUGUCCCCCGCAUACCUGGUCGGGCAGUUGUCGAGGCUCAGAGAAAUGUACGGGGACCCAGAUGUGCUGGCAGGCUUGAGCAUCCUGGUUACACAUGUCAAGACGAUCAUAUCCGAGAAGGAUCCGCGACUGGUAAUCUUACAGGAGCUUCGAGAAGCCGCCCUGCAGGAGCGGCUGGACGUCCGCUUCUCAAUGGCUGUACAGGGCUACACAUUCUCGUUCUGA